AAGUUAAAACUUCAAAUUCAAAACAAACGAUUUCUAUGUAUUGUAAGUAAUAUGUAAAUGUGAAUUAUUAUAUCGUUGGUUUACUGUUAUUUUAUUUAUGUAAACAAUCGUUUAUCUGAUUAUUGAUUCAAUAAAAUUAAACCAAAUCAGUCCUCACGAUGUCAAUAAAGUCAGCUGAUGCACUAACAAAUAAGUUGCAGCAAGAUCUGCUGAAUGAGUUGGUAACAACAAAUCAUCUUCUGCAAUUAAUCUCGCAAGAAUUACAAGAGAUCAAACAAUUAACAAGACCUGGUGGAGAACUAGAAUUAAAUGUCGCCAAAAACACCACCCUAACAAAACUACUGGCCGAUAUGCAUCAUAUUGAUUUAGACAAACUACCACCAGUUGCCCGAAUGCAAAUAGACUUGAACCAUCCAUCAAAUCAGAACCAGUCUUACGAGGAACAUGACACAUUUAGGAAUAACUCCACUAUGGAAGAAGAUAAAUAAAGACAACUCUUUGAAAAUAACUAAGCAUAAUUAUAGGAUAAGCAACAAAUAAAUGACCCAAUAAUA